CGGUCCCUUGACUCGGGAGUCAUGCCAUUUAGAUCUCUCCUUUAGCAUUCAUCCAACAUACCCACGAGAGCUACUUAAGUUCAUGGGAAACGUUAACCACCAGAGCAAGGGAGCUCUCCCGCUGGUCGCAUCUACGACGGCAAAUGGAGACGCCGCGGCGCCGCGUUCGUCUCUAAUCUGGAGGUUGUUAUGGCUUACAGUCGCGUUCUGCAUCGCCUACCUGCUCUAUCCUGAACGAGAAGUGACAUCUCCACUUCUUAAAGUCUCUGCCGACCCCAAUUUCGACUGGUUCUCGCUCGAUCCCUCUGACGACAUCAAUUGGACACCGUGCUAUGAAGAGUACCAGUGCGCGAGACUCAUCCUUCCUCUGGACUACCUAUCGCCGCGCGGAUAUGGUCCUAAUGUGACCAUCGCUAUGCAAGUGCUUCCCGCCACAGACAAGCAGAAUUACAAGGGAACCAUACUGAUAAACCCCGGCGGUCCCGGAGGCUCGGGAACUGACAUACUCCGGCGACGCGGAAAGGACAUCUCGCGCAUUAUAGGGGGUUCGUUCGACAUCCUGGGCUUCGACCCCCGUGGUACCGGAGCUAGCACGCCUUCCGCACAGUGCUUCGACUCCGAGUCCCAGUACCAGAUCUGGAGUCUUCAAGAUGGGGACACUGUACUUAGCUUGAAUGACAGUUCUGUUCCUUUGGCCCGAGCGCGGGAGAGUGUCGUGGGGCAGCUGUGCGAGAAAGCCAUCGGAGGCACUGGCAAGGAGGAAGCAAACGGGACGGCAGAAGAGUGGGGUCCGGGUCGCUUCAUGAGUACCGCAAGCGUUGCAACUGAUAUGUUGGAGAUCAUCGAGAGACUCGGGGAGGAGAGUCUGAAGUACUGGGGAUUCAGCUAUGGUUCUGUCCUCGGACAGUACUUCUCCGCCAUGUACCCAGACAAGGUCGGACGCGUCGUGAUCGAUGGCGUGUUUGAUGCGUAUAACUACCGCGCUACGCUGUGGAACUCCAACUUAGCGGACACCGAUGCGGGAGAGAUCAAGGCCAGGGUUGAUACUAUCAUGGCAAGUGUACAGUCCGAGCCCGUCGCGGUCCCGUCGGCCUCCAAAGGUCCACUGGUGAUUACGAGAAAGAUUCUGCAUCAAUACGCUUUCCAGGCAGCAUACAAGCCGACAACCAAUUUCGCGCCGCUUGCAGACAUCCUUGUCGCUGCAGAAAGCAACAACCAGACUACUCUGGCGGGAAUGGCAGAACGUUUGGGCCAAAGCUUCGAAUGCAACUGCGAGCAGGCUAGCCCGCAGUGGCUCAAGACCACGGAAGCAUUCUAUACCAUUGCCUGCGGGGAUGGAGAACAGAUCGCAUACACGCCAGAAGGCUAUCGCGAGUGGUUCACAGACCUUUACUCCAAGUCCUCCUUCGGAGCACCCAUCUGGGGCCUCGAGUACCUGAGGUGCUCGGAGUGGAGUAUUCGACCCAAGUGGAGGUACACCGGCCCUCUCGCGGCAGAGAAUACAUCGCACCCAGUCCUCAUUCUGUCACCAACGUAUGACACAGUAUGUCCCCUUUCGGAUGCGCGCGCAGUUCACGCACGGUACGGAGGUUCUGGGCUGCUGAUCCAGAACUCGUAUGGUCAUUGUUCUAUAGCUGCGCCAUCUGUUUGCACUGCCAAACACUUGCGAGCGUACUUCGAGAACGGGACGCUGCCAGAGGACGGAACUAUGUGCGAGGUGGACGAGUUGCCUUUCGUGGGUGUGGUCGAGGAUAGGGUUAACGCGAUGUCGGUGGAGGAUAGAGGGCUGCUAGAGGCAUUAAGAGGGCUGGCGAAGGAAGUGCCGAUGUUUGGAGGGUUCUGA